CCAGGCCGCAUCUGGACAGUGUGCUUCAUUGGCUUGACGUCGAGAGCGAUGAUCCGUUCGUGGGUGCAGCACGGCUUCCAAGAAGGCUUUGAGCGAGUAUCGCUGCUGGAGAGACCGGCUACGUUGCUUUUGAAGGGGACAUUGCUCUUCUUUGGUGGGGUGAGGGUGUAAUGCAAGCCUGGCGGGAAAAGGCUCCGACUUGUCGCUCCCCGCCUCUACAAAGCUCGCUCGGCGUUUGGGCUCUCGGCCUCGUGCAUAAGGCGAUGGAUGUCGUGUGCCAUCUUAGUUUCUCAUCGCAAUCCAUCCUCAUCCCUUCAUCGUCAUGUCCUCGUCUUUCAAAGGUCGCUGCAACUGUGGCAAGUUUGCCUUCACCGCUCCCCAACACAAGGGCGUGGCCGCCUGCUUCUGCAAGUGCUGCGUUCGUGGGGGAGGCUCCCUGUGCUCUCUCAAUGCCGUCAUCCCCGCGGGCAAGGAUGGGUUGACCUUCACCGGUGACGCAAAGGAGGGCGAUCUGAACGUGUACCUGGACAAGGAGACGUCUAGCGGAAAGCCGAUGCAGAGGAAGUUCUGCGGGUCGUGCGGGAGUCCCCUUUUGAGCGUGCCGGAGGACAGCGAGAUUGCCUACUUCAAGUACUCUCUCCUUGAGGACUCGGACGCCUACCUUGCCUCCAAGGGUCCGGACAUGGUCAUCUUCACUAAAAGGGCGCCCGAGUGGGCCAAACCAGGAGAUGCGCAGGACGCUACGAAGAACGGGCUGCAGUGGCCCAAGAAGGAUGAGACGCAAUUUUCAGCGUAGAACGAGCGAGCGAUAAGUAGGGAAAAGUCGUAUUAAUGGAGGCUUGCAGUGGUCCUCAUCGUCGAAGUCGAAGGAGUGGUAAUGACAUAAUCGAGGCAAUUGUCAUGGCUGGCCGGACGUAAAGGUCCGCAGCUUCGUAGAGUAGCAGCAUCCCCCGCCUCGCGCAGUAUUCUCUCACGCUUUGAGCAGCUCAUCGCCCAACCUGUAGAGAGGCCAGCUCGUGCGAUCGCUGAAUUUCCCCUUGCCAAAGUACGCCCCAGCACCGUAUAUGCCGCGCAUUCCUCCCUCAAACUCAAGCUCCGUGACGGUAGUGAGGGAAUUAUUCUUCAACUCAGGCCUGGUGAACUUCUUGUACGUGGCCGUCUUCCACCCGUCCGUCGACCU